AUGAAGACACAACUUUCCGCAAUCGCCUCCCUGGCCUAUUGUAUAGGUUCAGUGCACGCAGCACCCCAUGCAAAUACGCCUAUCUAUGACUUCGUCAUCGUCGGUGGAGGUACCAGCGGCCUCGUCGUUGCCAAUCGACUAAGUGAGAACAAAGAUAUCACCGUCGCUGUGAUCGAAGCCGGCGAUUCCGUGUUUAGCAAUCCCAACGUGACGAAUGUCAAUGGAUAUGGGCGAGCGUUCGGCACAAAUAUCGACUGGGCAUACCCGACCGAGCCUCAAAUAUACGCCGGUGGUGGCAGACAGAUCAUGCGCGCGGGUAAAGCCAUUGGGGGGACAAGCACGAUUAACGGAAUGGCAUAUACUCGAGCACAAGACGUCCAAAUCGAUGCUUGGGAACAGGUUGGCAAUGACGGGUGGAAUUGGAAGAGCCUCUUCCCAUAUUUCACGAAAUCCGAAGAAUUUCAAAUUCCUACUCGAAACCAAAUCUCUCGAGGGGCCGAUUACUAUAUCACUUAUCAUGGAGAGAAUGGUAAUUUGAAAGUGGGCUGGCCGUCGCUAAUCACCAACCGCACCCUGCUUCCUCUUCUUGAUCAGACGUUUAACCAACUAGGUGUUCCCUUCAAUCGCGAUGUGAAUGGCGGCCGUAUGGUUGGCCUCACCUCGCACCCAGACACGGUUGACUCCACGGAAAAUAUUCGUGAAGAUGCUGCCAGGGCUUACUACUGGCCUUAUCAGAAUCGAUCGAACCUCAAGAUUCUCACCAACACAUUCGCCAACAAGAUCAUCUGGUCUAACGAUACUCGAAGUGAAGCCACAGCAGUCGGUGUGGAAGUGAAGAACUCACGAGGGGUCCAAACGAUCUACGCUAGCAAGGAAGUCAUUCUCGCAGCUGGAGCUGUGAAAUCGCCGGCUAUCUUGGAGUUGUCCGGAGUUGGUAAUCCGGAUAUCCUCCGUAAGUAUAACAUUACCGUCAAGGUUAACAUUCCCACCGUUGGUGAGAACCUGCAGGACCAGACCAACAAUGGGAUCAACUACCAAGGCCUAGAGUUCUGGCUCGGCUCGCCAACUUUUUCCGUCCUCCCGUCAGCAAAUCAACUCUAUGGCAGCAACGUCUCGAACGUAGCGGCUUAUGUCAAGUCCAGCAUGACAGAGUAUGCUAAGGUUGUGGCUAAUUCAUCUAACGGAGCAGUGUCGGAGGCCAACAUUCUAGAAGCAUUUCAGGUCCAGCACGAUUUGAUCUUUAAAUCACAGGUCCCUUAUGCCGAGAUUGUCUUACUGCCUAUUCUAGACUCGUUCUCAGUUGAAUACUGGCCGUUGCUUCCAUUUGCACGAGGAAACGUCCACAUCAAAUCCGCCGAUCCUUCGGCGACCCCUGCAAUCAACCCCAACUUUUUCCAAUUUAGCCAAGACCUCGACGCCCAGGUCGACGUGGCCAAGUUUAUCCGCAAAGCAUUCUCGACAAACCCAUUGAACGAUCUCGUUGGGGACGAGUUCGCCCCUGGACUCGACAACCUGCCCAACGACGCCCCGGCAUCAGAGUGGAACGACUGGGUCAAGUCCAACUACCGCACCAACUACCAUCCCGUCGGAACAGCCAGCAUGCUUCCUCGUGAAAAAGGAGGCGUGGUCAGUUCCACGCUCAAGGUCUACGGCACAAAGAACGUCCGCGUGGUCGAUGCAUCCAUCAUUCCAUUCCAGGUGUGCGGGCAUCUAACCGCCACCAUCUACGCCGUGGCAGAAAAGGUCUCUGACGCGAUCAAGAACCGGUACCGCAUUUGA